CACGCCCCGCCCCCGGACGCGCGGAGCGCAGCGAAAGUUGCCGAAGUGGCGCGGCGGGAUGGACGCGCUGCGCUCUGCGGGACGCGCUUUGCUGCGCAGCCCCAGCGUCACCAAACCGCCCUGGGCCGGCGGCCGCCACCAGAAGCUCCCGGAGAACUGGACCGACACCCGAGAGACGCUGCUGGAAGGGGUGCUGUUCAACCUCAAGUACCUGGGCAUGACGUUGGUGGAGCAGCCGAAGGGUGAGGAGCUCUCAGCAGCUGCUGUCAAAAGGAUUGUUGCCACUGCAAAAGCAAGUGGAAAGAAACUGCAGAAAGUUACGCUGAAAGUCUCGCCCAGAGGGAUCGUGCUAAAUGACAGUGGAACUAACGAGCUGAUUGAGAACGUCUCCAUAUACAGGAUAUCCUACUGCACGGCAGACAAGAUCCACGAUAAAGUGUUUGCCUACAUUGCCCAGAACCAGCUCAAUGAGAACCUGGAGUGCCAUGCCUUCCUUUGUACCAAACGGAAAAUGGCCCAGGCAGUCACCCUCACUGUAGCUCAGGCAUUCAAAAUAGCAUUUGAGUUCUGGCAAGCCUCCAAGGAAGAGAAGGAGAAACGAGAAAGAUCCAUCUUGGAAGGAGAAGGGGUGAGCAGCCCAAACUCAGCUGCCUCUGCUUGCCCUGAUGCAUCUGCAGCCACAGGGAACUUGCUGGAUUUAGAAGAUCCUGCCAAAUUGCUCCUUACCAGCAGUGAAAACCCCACACAUUUAGAUAACAGCAUGUUUGGGCCCAGCUCCUCUGUAAAUAACAACGUGGUGUGGGAAAUGGAUGAUGAUCUCGACGAGGCAUUUUCAAGACUGGCUCAGUCAAGAACAAACCCUUACGUUCUCGACACAGGACUGACGGCUCAAGACAUCCAGAGUGCAGAAAUGCUCUCAUCUGUAGAUUGGAAUAAAAUAGAUUCAAGUACAGGCGAGAAAGAUGACCUGUUCAUGUUUUGAAGUCAAAUUCAUCUAACAGCUGACAAUGGAGUAACCACUAAAAGUCUGUGGACUGACUAAAUCGUGCUUUUCCAGGUGCUGUAUACAAGGGAUUCUUCUGAGGGGUCUUCACCAAGUCAGAUGAAGUUACAGCACAGCUUAGACCAAAGUUUUAGAAAUCUAACGUGGAUUGUUUUUUUACCUUGCUUUUAUCUAAACCAUGAGAUGCUCCUAAAGAUAUUUAUUCCUAGCUGUUACAGUUUACAUAUAUUACUGAAAGGUGUGUAGAGCAUCUGCAGUAUCAGGUGGCAAUAUGCCAUCAGUAGUGCCUGUUCCUCCCUGACAAAUACUAUGCAACACCAAAGUUCCUGUGUAUACACAUUUCUAGACAAAGGUCCGCAGAUGGAAAUGCAGUUGAAAGCACAACUGUUAGUAAACCACUGAUUGUUGAACAACACCACACCUGCCCAGGCUGAGGGGAGGAGAGUUGCAGCAGCUGCUAGCAGUGCUGAAAGAGGUAGCAGAGAUCUUGCUUUUGUUAUGAAUGUGAUCCUCUCAGUUGUCAAUCACCCAGACAUGUUCUGGCUUUUUCUUUGCCAGCUUUUUAGGUGAAUUGAUGCUUCUUAUCCAAAGACUGUUUAAGUUUUGCACUUUAAGACUUGAGCUGAAAGUAAUGGUCCAAAAUAGCAAAGUAGGCAGUGCCUGUAACUUCUCUUCAGAAGCCCUUUACCUCCCCACCCCCCAAAAAGAAACCAACAGUGCUGCAGCUGUUUCAAAACUGAUUGCCCACACGUAUUGUUUCUGUUAUGACUUGAAAUACUAAGGCUCAGUUGCACGGUUGGUUUAAAAGCAAAAAACAGCAGGCAGUAAUAAUCUGUUUUCUGAAAGUGCGUUGGAAGUUGCAGGUUGUGUAGCACAAUAGAUCUGUGUUCUUAGCUCUGCUAAGUGGAUUGGGCUGUGCAUGCCUUUUUACAGUUUCAGGAACAUUUGGCAGUUGCCUGCUCAUAGACUCAUAGGGAAUUGGAUUAGGCAAGACCAAUACCUGUAUGUUUAAUGAGCAGAAGGUGCCCCUGUCAGUGCUGCUCCGGUCCUUUUCCCCUGACAGCUGCAUCUCCCAUGAGGCUGGGAAGCUGUCUUCAUCUGCUCCUGGCAUUCAAACAAAGUAAUGGAGGUAUAAAGCUUAUGCCCAUUAAAAGAUUAAGUUUAAUGAUCCUAAAUAGUCGUACUGACAGUUUGCAGUGUUUGUGGCCUUCUGUGAAGUAUAUUUAGCUGUUUUAUAGAUUUGUAACUCAGAACUUUGUUUUGAAACACUAAUUCAUUCCCCAGACAGCUCUUUGUAACUCCUAAGGCUGCUUGCAAACAAACAAACAAAAAUCUUGGUCAGCUCUAAGAAUUUCUUAGGAAACAGCUAAGUGACACUAACUUAGGUUUGAUUAUUUGCCACUUACCAUGAUAAGGUGUUGAUGACUUGUGAAGCCAACUCAUCCCGUCUGUUCAUGAUUUUGCAGGAUAAACAGGGAACACGUUCUGUGUUCAGAGCAGUCCUCAAAUACUGCGCCCCUGACUUGAUGCCAUGUGCAGCAUCAGUCUCUUGUGCUUCAAGUUUGCAGAGGGGCCUGGGCCCAUUGCAGGAGCAGUGCUAAAAGAACAGAAGUGGGGGUAGGAAACACCUUGUGCUGAGUUCUGGGAGCACUCAUCUCCCUAAGAAAGGAAUCGUAUUGCAGGAAUGGACUGUGAGGCUUUCUCUGUACAAUGAUGUUCUUUUCUUUUCUAGAGGUUUGAGGAGCAUAUGCUGAUAUACACAAUGCUAUAUAUGUAUGUAGAUAUUUUUUAAGGAAAAAAAAAAGAAUGUAUGGAGAAAAAUAAAAGUUCUACUUUUUUUUUUUUUUUUUUUUUUUUUUUUUUUUUUUUUGGAGUGUUUGUGCUGGUUUGACUUUUUAACCACAGCUUUUUUAAUGUGUAGAAAACUUUGUAUUCCUGUCUGGUUGGGUUUUCUUUCUCGCUGGGUGCACAGCAGUAAGCAACUGGAAACAAGUGGACAGGAGGAGGUUGUUUGCAGGGCCAUCUGUGCAGAGAAACGAUGUCAGUGGUUCCACAUAAAGCAGCAUGUUUUGCUGCUGGAUGUGGCUGCUCUUCCCCUUUGAAAUGAGCUCUGGGUGAUCCUGUCCACUCAGGGCUCUCAGCCACUCUGCAAGCUGCACAUCUCCCACUCUGUGCUUCUGGGGGUUGUUUCUCUUUCCAGCCAUUGCUGUCAGGAGUUUCAUCCCCAGCAAAAACUCCACUCUCAAGCAGUGUGAAAGGAAAGCAUCCCAAGAUGAAGUUUUGUCGCUGCCUGCAAGCACAGAAAUGCCCUCUCCCUGCAAAUCACAGGGGCAGCUUCUGGCGUGGCUGUUAAUAAUCCUAUUGCUGGUCAUGCCACUCCAGGCCCUUUUUGUUUUUUUUGCAGGAGCCAUUUGACUUGCACCAUUGUCUUUCCAUAUUCCUAACAGCCUCACCAGCCCCCCAACUUGCUUCUUCUCAGGUCUUGCCUCAAACAAAACCCUCUUUCUGUUUAACAGCGUGAAUUUUAAUGUGACAUUUCAGCAGCAGGCCUGUCACUCGGCUGCUGCCUGCAUUGCAUGCUCAUAGUGUGAGCCCCAAUCAGAGCAGUGCACGAAAAGAAGUGUAAAAGCAUUAAACCUCAGAUGUGGCAAAUUUAUCACUUCUGUGUACUGUCACAGCACCAGCAUAAAACUUGACAGUAAAAAAUAAAACAAUUUUGUCGCUGGCGUUUUUUAUUACUUUUAGUAUGCUGCUUUUUUUUGGUUGUUGUUAGUGGAAAUUUAAAUUAUAAUGGUAUGCUUCACUUAAAAAUAUAAAAAAGUAUCCAUAGCAACAGGAACAUCUAAAUUAUUGUAGGCUGAUCACUUCUCUACUUGAGUCACAUCACAUGCCUUUCAAAGACAGUCCCAGAGGUGCAGGGUUUUAAUUGAUUUUCUUUUUUUUGUGGAUUAUUUGUUCAAAUAAACAACUGUAUGCACUGCACUUUCCCCAUCGAUAUUCUCCUUACAGAAAGAUCUAAACCUAAUAAUUGCCAGCAUGCUUCAUUACACAGAGAGUUGGGAAUUCAGGCUUGCUCUUACAAUCCUCGCUUCGUGUGAGCUUUCUUUCAGCUGAGUUGGAGCCUUCUGGUUAAAUCAUGUAAAGCUGGAGAAUUUCCAUCAAGUUCAGCUGAUGUUAAUUCUGCCUGAAAGUGUUCAGGGAAAGUACAAGGGGAGGGGAAGGGCUCCUUAGUUUGCUCUGCUAGCAAUCUGCCUGUUAGAUUGCAACUGGAGUCGACCUCAUCUGUGUUCUCUUCUUGUAGAAUUCUGAUUUGCUGUCCCUGCAAAGUCACUCCACCAGAGCUGAGGUUUGAAAGCCCAUUGGUGUGAAACUGCGCCCAGUCAUUUUCUGGACACUGUCCCUUCAUCUGAGUCUCCUCGAUCACUUCUGACCCGAAGCAGCUCUAGCUUUCCAAAGAUCCCUACGUCUUAUUUGGGAGAAAAGCCCCACCAGUACACACUGAUGGCCUUCCUCUAAGCUCAUGUGUUGUUAUCAUUUAAGUUGUGGUAGUAAACUGUGUUUACAUGCUUAGAAAUCUCAGGCAAAGAAUCAAGACUUAAUAAGUGUUCACGUGCACAACAAGACGAUCUUAACCCACAGCUUUGUACGUGCUGACAUUUCUCGUGUUCAGCAAUUUGCUUUUUAUGUCUUUCAUUUCCCAUUGUUGUGCAGCAUGUUGCUGGGUCAUAAUUUCCUGCAUCUUUCCCCAGGGGAGGCUGCAAAUUCAAGGAUGAUAUAUUUGCAGAGCAGAACAUGCAAAUUACUGUUGAAUUAGGCAAUCUUUCGACACAUGGAAUGUUACUUAUCAUUUAGCCUCUGCAGAACAGCUGAUAUGCCAACGAGUGGAUCACCAAAGGAAACAAGAGAAUGUGUUGGGGUUCUUUUUCUGUUUUGAUUUACCUGUAAGGAAGUGUCAUGUAAGCAUGAAAAGGAGCAGGCUCGCAGGAGACAGCUUUCAGGUUCUGAAGAUGGUUAUCAUCAAGGUGAUGCCAAGCAAAUGCUGUUACAGGAACUUGGUGUAGUGUCUGUCAGUGACUUCCAGAUCAAAUUGGCUUUGUAUGCAAGUUUCAAAAAGAAAGAAAAGGCGAGGUGGGCGGUUAAAGGAGGCAGAAUGAUGCAAAAAAUAUGUCAGACCUGCAGAUCUGGCUCAUAUUUUAAAAUCACAUUCUUUCCUUUACAUCUGCUAUGAAAUCACAGGACUCUUCAAUGGUCUUAAACAGAAAGCUGUAAUUUUGUGAUUGAUGCAUGAGCCAGAAGAUAAUCCACUUCACUCUCACGUAGAUUUAUUACAGCAGGAGUCAGAAACAUUCAUUUCAUGUUGAGGAUACAAAGUCAUACCGAAAUUCUGAGCCCUGACCUUUGCCAGCAGACCGCAAGUUGAGCCAUCAGUUCUCUGGUCUCAGCUCUCAGCUGUGCGGCGUUGGGUGGAGGAUCCAGCAGGAGGUUUUCCCUAAUCUGUAGGUGGAGCUUAUUGACUCACAGUUUCUCUGAGCUCAUAUUCUCAGUGCUCAGAGUAAUUAAAUGAAUCCCAGAGGCUGUGUCCUCAGUUACCUGGGAGCACCUUUGCUGGUAAGGCGGGUGUUAACCAGCAAGCCAUGACUGUUUGUGGCCACAAGCAGCACUGAGGGGGCAAAGCCUUUCCUUUUGAGGGUGCUGUGCAGCCUGCCAGCCUGCUCCUCAGCAGCAUGAGAUGAUCAACAGGUGACAACACAGUCAUUUAAGGGGGAGGUAGAGGAAGGCAGCUCCAAAGCACCGUGCAUUUGAAGUACCCUACUCCAUCUUUGUCAGCUGUUUUAUGUGUGGGUUUUCUUGUACCGUGCACAGUGUGAAGCUGAAGCUGGGUGUUAAGACAUCAGAGAAGGAAUGAUGGAAGCUCAUGGAGCAAUGGUCCCUAGAGGAGUGCUGAUAAAUGGGUCCCUGAUAAAGGCGAGAGGCUAUAAAAGCCUUCUCAUCUGAACCAGUCCUGAAAAUAACAGAGCUGGCAGGUGGCUUUCAGGUUUCCUCCCAUUCUUCUGAACUGCAUUAUGAAGGCGUACAAUGAAGCAAAACCAAAAUAUCCUUUGCAAAGAGCUCCUGUGCUCUUCAAGCAGCCUUUGGAGUGUCUGCUGCACUCAGCAUGGCUCCCAUGCAACCUGUCCAACAGAGCAGCUACAUGUACCCCCUCUCCCUGGUACAGCUAUGGGGCAGGGAAGCAAGAGCACUCAGCACUCCUCAAGCAGCUGCUCCAGACAAAACAGCAUGCAGAGAAAGUGGCCUGCAUGCACUCCUUGCUCAGGCUGAACUGGUCCUGCCUGUAAACCACAGGAGAUGGCGCAAAUUCAAAACCAAAUCAUCAAGGUGCAGUUUUGCCUCUGAGGGGGGGAUGAGUCCAUGGCUCACAGGGCAGCCACCAGAGAUCCAAAAGCACUAGAGCUAUUUCUUAUUUUUAUUUUGACUGGAUGAAGACCUGUGGUAGUCGUGUGGGUGUAAGGAGGUUGGUAAAGCAGUGUGGUUGCAGGCCUUGGGUCAACAGCCUCCUUGCAAUCCUCCUCCUAGAGCCGCUCUGCCUGCCUGCUUCAUAGCACCGUCAGCACUUUGAAUAAGAAGAUGUCAGCAGAACCAAUUAUUGGUUGAACAGUUUAAAACGUGGGCCCCUGCUAGACCCAGAAAUCAAAGCACUUCUUUUUCUCCUGUGGUUUUAGUUAUUCAUGAGGAAGGAACGUGCUCCUGUUUCCCUGAACACAGGAAGAUGCAAACAGCAGAUGAUUUUCUUUCCUCACAGCUCCUCUGCAGCCUACAAACUGUUCUCUUUUAGCUUUUCUAAGUUUAGUCACAUCAGUACUUCCGUGGCUGUGGUUUAGCCUUUCCUGGGAGCUGCUCUUACAGUCAUAGCACAGAAUGGUUGGGCUGGAAGGGACCUGAGAUCCAUCCAACCUGACCUUGAACACCUCCAGGGGUGAGACACCCACGUUUCUCUGAGCAGCAAAGAAUAGCCAAGAAUUUCCUCCUAACAUCCAACCUCAGCUUUCCUUCUUUUAGUUUAGAACCUUUCCCCUUCAUCCUAUUGCUCUUCCCCCUUCACCUCCCAGCACUGCUCCUCAGCAGCCUCAGAGGGCUUUGGGUUUGGAUGGGAGCCCUUUUUUCACUCACUGUUCAUCCCGUGACAGAUGUGCACUUUUUAUAAGCAUGUGUGAGCAGAAACAUUUCAGCCUGCUGCCCUCAGUGAUAGCUAACAAGGUGACCAUCAGACUUUGCUGAAUUGCUGUUUGUGCAGCGUGCUGAGGGUGAGCAUAGAGCACAGUGAGGAUUUAAGGAUUUGGGGCUCAGGUGUGUUCCACGGUAGGAGUUGAUCUGGGGCUUAUGGAAACGAAAAAAAGCAAUUGCGUCUAUAGAAAGGUGGCUGUCAGCCCAUAGACAAGGCUCCUUGAAGGGCUGCCUCGACCAGGACAGGCUGUAAUGGUCGUGCAGCCCCUCAGGCAUCGCGCCCGCUUCCCCACACGUGUUCCCCCAGCCUAAGGUACCUCAGAGCCUCCCGCCACUCGCAGCCGACACACGGCCAGCAAGAGGCUCGCUGGGACAACCGCACACCGCCACCUCUUCGAGCCCAGCAACUGUGGUAAACAAGUGGGCGGGCCUCCCGGCUUUCCUGACGUUCAGAAGAACCAAUGUGCGAGGCUGAGUUCCACCCGUUAACCAAUAG